AUGGCUUACUACACGUCCGACCCAGAGAGCUUCCCUGAGCCUAUCGAUCUCUCCCAUCACUUGUCGCGUAGCACAAAGGCGCGCAAGGCGUCAAGUGUCAAGGGUUUCUACAAGUACUUUUCCCUUCCAGGCAUUGCCCAACUAGCAGGAGGGCUACCAAAUGACAAGUACUUCCCCUACGAUACCCUCGAAGCCAGAGUCUCUCACCCAAACCGAUGGAAGCCCACGCCCAACAAGCUCAUCGACCCGCCCGCCGACGAUCCUCCCACCGCACGCCUGGAGGAACUGACUGUCUCGAACGGCAAGGGUAAUGGUAAACAUGACGAGCCACCAGCGGCGCGCCUGCUUGUGCCCCACGACUCGCACACGCCUGAUCCGCUGCACAAAAUCGACUUGAUGUCUGCGCUGCAGUAUGGACAGGCCCAGGGAUACCCGCCGCUCUACUACUUCAUCCGCCAGUUCACACGGGAGAACUUGCACCCGUUCGUCCCAUACAAGAACGGACCUGAAGUCAUCCUCACAUGCGGUUCGACAGAUGGCUUCUCGAAGACCAUACAAGCCCUCAGCGAGGAAUGGUUCGCAGAGCGAGAUGCCAUCAACGAGAGGCCAGGGCUGCUAUGCGAAGAAUACGCCUACAUGAACGCCAUCCAGACCGCCCGGCCGCGCGGUCUAAACAUCGCGCCCGUCAAGAUCGACAACGAGGGCAUGCUAGCCAGCGGCCCGGGCGGCCUCGAGGACGUCAUGGCGAACUGGGACUUCUCCAAAGGCCGGCGCCCACACCUCCUCUACACCAUCACCAUCGGCCAGAACCCCACCUCCGGCACGCUCUCCGUCGCGCGCCGCACAGAAAUCUACGCCAUCUGCGUCAAAUACGACAUCGUCAUCAUCGAGGACGACCCGUACUGGUACCUCCAGUUCCCGUCCUCGUCGCCCGGCGUCGCCGUCACCAAGCCGAAGAAGAGUUCAGGCUUCGAAUUCCUCGACUCCCUGACCCCCUCCUACCUCAGCGUCGACUACCAAGGCCGCGUCGUACGUCUGGACACGUUCUCCAAAACCGUCGCGCCGGGCUGCCGUCUAGGCUGGAUAACCACCCAGCCCGCGCUUGCAGAGCGCAUCCUCCGCAUCACCGAGACGUCCACGCAGCAGCCCUCGGGCUUCGUGCAGUCCAUGAUCGCAGAACUGCUCAUGGGGCCGAACAACUCAAAUGAUGCAGGCCGCGGCGGCGCCCCAGACGGGGGUGGCUGGAAGGUCGACGGGUGGGUGCGCUGGCUCGAGGGCCUGCGCGGGAACUACGAGAGGCGGAUGCAGACCAUGUGCGACGCGCUCGAUUCCGGGCGUGAGAUCGUAAAGGCCGGACGUCGGCGGUCGUUGAGUUUUGUCGCCGACUCUGAUGACGAGUGGGCUGUGGUCGAGAAGACGCAGAUUUACUCGUUCGUGCGGCCACUCGGUGGCAUGUUCGUGUGGGUGCGCUUCGACUUUACCACGCACCCACUCGCGGACUCAGUCCCUCACUCCCGUCUCUCGCAGGCAUUGUGGGUGUUCUGGACGCAGAAGCCGUAUAUGUGCCUCGUCGCGCCGGGCAGCAUGUUCGCGCCCACGCAGGAGAUCAAGGAGAAGGAUGCGUAUAACUGCAUGAGGCUGUGUUUCGCAGCGUGUCCGGUCGAGGACGUAAAGCCAAUUAGUAAGAGGUUUGCGGACGGCGCGCAGGCAUUCUGGCGGAUCAAGAAGAAGAGCGUGAUUGACAAGUUGCUUGAGGAGGAUAAAGUUGAGGGGGUUGAUUAUGUUGCUGACAUGGCGGUGUUGACGGGCAUGUGCUAG